AUGCUGAUGGGGAGCGCCGGGCCGCUCAGCGGCAAUAAGAAUCAGUUGGCCGAAGGCGGCAUCCGCGUGUACACAGAGCCGGUGAUGAGCUUCGAUUUUUACACGACUUUCUUGGCCGCCGCGGGCGCCGUCAUUCCAAGCGGGGCGGACCUCAGCGGCGCGAACCUCCUGCCGUUCGUGACAGGGGAGGCGACGAGCCGACGGCCGCACGACCUGCUCUUCUGGAUGGAUGGAAGACAUUUUGCUGUGCGCUGGGGCGAUUGGAAGCUUUCCAACUUUUAUUCCCACGGCAGCAAGGGUGGAGUGGCGCUCUACAAUCUGAGAGAUGACAUCGGCGAGACGCACGAUCAGUCAACCAUCCGCCCUGACAUCAAGCGCAACCUACUGGAUGAAUACCGAAUGUGGUGCGCGCGCAUGCCCGUCUCCGCAAGCGGCAUCAAAAACUGCUAA